AAAACAUAUUUCGUUUUUCCUUUAAUAUUUUAAAUUCUGCAAGUUAAAAUGUUUAUCCUUAACAUGUUCAAAAGUUUGUUGGGUUCUUUGGGACUCUACAAAAAGAAUGCAAAAAUCUUGUUUUUAGGACUGGACAACGCUGGAAAGACAACUCUAUUGAGAAGACUGAAAGAUGAUAGAAUGGUACAACAUGACCCAACUUUACAUCCACACGCAGAAGAGUUGGUGUUGGGAAAUGUCAGAUUCAAGGCAUUCGAUUUGGGAGGUCAUAAAGCUGUCAGGAAGACUUGGAAGAACUAUUUUCCAACAGUUGAUGGAAUCAUAUAUCUCGUUGAUUCAGCAGACUCAUAGAGAUUGAAGGAAAGUAGGGAUGAGCUGGAAUAAAUAUUAAAUACAGCAGAAUUGGCAAAGGUUCCAAUAGUAAUUUUGGGAAACAAAAUUGACAAGCCAGGAGCUGUGCCAGAGGAGGAAUUAAGAUAAGCUCUAGGAAUUAAUGUUAAAUAACAAAUUAACAACAAAAACAUUAAGGAAAUCGAUGGAAGACCAGUUGAUGUAUUUAUGUGCAGUGUUGCAAACAGAGUAGGCUAUGCUGAAGGAUUUAGAUGGUUAUCAUAAUUUUUAAAUUGAAAUUUAUUCGUAUAUGUAUUUCUUCUUUUCAUAAAAACCUUAAGUUAA